GCUAAUCUCUACAACUUGUAAGACUUAGGAAUUAAUUAUAACUGGACCAAAACUUUAUACCUAAUUACCAAUACUAAUUUAAAUAAUUUUAAAGCAAACAGAACUGUAAUCGAGUGAAAAAUACACAAUUAUGAUGAUGAUGAAGAUGGAGAGGGAAUGGGUUGGAGCUAAUGGAGAUGAAGAGAAGGCGAAGAAGAAAGGUUUAGGACUACAUGAGGAGCUAAGGACUGUUCCUUCAGGACCUGACCCGUUGCACCAUCAUGUGAACCCACCAAGACAGCCAAGAAACCAAUCCAAUCUCCCUUGACCUAAUCUUGUUCCUUUUACUUAUUUCAUGUUGUAAAUUACUUUCUGUUUUAUCGGUUUUAUCAUUUUGGGAGUUUUGUUUUUGUGUAACCAGUUUCGUUUGCUAAGCUUGUAGUUUCAUGAAAGUGAAUGUAAGAUAUGCACUACUUUUGUUGCUCACGUCAAUGAAUCAUCUUUUAUCUC